AUGGCCUCAUCUGUGAAAGAGCGUCUCCUGGCCGUCCUGGAUGAUCUCGGCUCUGAGGAGCUGAAGAGAUUUAAGUGGUAUCUAACUACAGAAAACAAGCUGGAUGGCUUCCUUCACAUUCCAAAGGGCCAGCUGGAGACAUCUAACAGACUGGACAUAGUGGAUCAGAUGGUGCAGAAAUACAGGGGAAAUGCGGCUGUGAAGAUCACACUGGACAUCCUGAAGAAGAUUAGCCGUCCUUCAGAUGAAGAUGGUGAGAACCAUUGUCCAUUGUCAGGUCCUUUAGAUGAAGAUGGUGAGAACCAUUGUCCAUUGUCAGGUCCUUCAGAUGAAGAUGGUGAGAAGUUCCAACAUGAAUAUAAACAGGAAGUAAAGAAGAAGGUGCAGCAUGUAUUCAACGGGGUACCGAAGCAGGGCCACAAGCAACUUCUCAAUGAGAUCUACACAGAGCUCUACGUCACAGAGGGUGGAAGUGGAGAGGUCAAUAAUGAACAUGAGGUGAGACAGAUCGAGAUCACGUCCAAGAAUCCAGCGAGACCAGAGGCUAAAAUCCUCUGCAAUGACAUCUUCAGACAAUCAUCUGGAAAAGACAAACCUAUCAGAACUGUGCUGACAAAAGGAGUCGCUGGCAUUGGAAAAACAGUCUCUGUGCAGAAGUUCAUUCUGGAUUGGGCUGAAGGGAAAGCCAAUCAGGAUAUCCAAUUCAUAAUUUCACUCCCUUUUCGGGAGCUGAAUUUGGUGAGGGGGGAAAAGUACAGUUUUGUAGAACUUCUGCAUAAAUGUGUCUUAGAGACUAGAGUGAUUGAGAGGGACUUUUUGAAUAACAUUUUAACAAAAUUGCAAAAACCAGGAAACCACAAUGAGAGCAAGUACAACGUUUUAUUUGUCCUUGAUGGUCUGGAUGAGUGCCGACUGACCCUCGACUACGAGAACUGUAAGAGCUGGUGUGAUGUCACAGAGCCAACCUCAGUGGACGUGCUGCUGACAAACCUCAUCAAGGGAAAUCUGCUUCCACCUGCUCUCCUCUGGAUAACCUCCAGACCUGCAGCAACCAAUCACAUCCCUCCUGAUUGUGUUGACCAGGUGACAGAGGUACGAGGGUUCAAUGACCCACAGAAGGAGGAGUACUUCAGGAAGAUAUUCAGCGAUGAGGACCUGGCCAACAGAAUCAUCUCACACAUAAAGACAUCAAGGAGCCUCCACAUCAUGUGUCACAUUCCAGUCUUCUGUUGGAUCUUAGCUACAGUUCUGGAGAACGUGUUGAGUACAGAUAAGAAUGAAGAGAUGCCCAAGACUCUGACUCAAUUAUUUAUUGGGUUACUGAUAUUUCAGACCAAACAGAUGAAUGAUAAGUAUCACAAAAAAGGUGAGCGAGAUCCACACAGGGAUAAAGAGAGCUUCAUGGCACUGGGGAAACUUGCUUUUAACCAGCUGAAAAAUGGCAACCUCAUUUUCUAUGAGGCAGACCUGAAAAAGUAUGGCAUUGAUGUCACUGAAGCCUCAGUGAACUCAGGAGUGUGUACACAGAUCUUUAGACGGGACUAUGGGCCGUUCCAGGACAAGGUGUACUGCUUUGUGCAUCUGAGCGUUCAGGAGUUUCUGGCUGCGCUCUACGUUUUCCUCUCCUUCAACAACAGCAAUGUAAACCCAAUGACCGAAGACCAAUCCUUCAUCAGAAAAAUUCUAAUGAAGUGGAAUCCUGCCAUCACCUUCCACACGAUUGCAGUGGAUAAAGCCUUACAGAGUGAGAAUGGACACCUGGACCUGUUCCUCCGUUUCCUUCUGGGCCUCUCACUGGAGUCCAAUCAGACUUACUUACGCGGCCUACUGACACAGACAAGAAGCAGCUCACUGAGCCACGAGGAAACAGUCAAGUACAUCAAGAAGAAGAUCAGGAACACUCCCUCUUCAGAGAGGUGCAUCAAUCUGUUCCACUGCCUGAAUGAACUGAAUGACCAUUCUCUAGUGGAGGAGAUCCAAAGAUACCUGAGAUCAGGAAAUCUGUCCAAAACCAAACUGUCACCUGCACAGUGGUCAGCUCUGGUCUUUGUGUUGCUGACUUCAGAAGAGGAGCUGGAUGUGUUUGACCUGAAGAAAUACUCCAGAUCAGAGGAAGGUCUUCUGAGGCUGCUGCCAGUGGUCAAAGCCUCCAGGACAGCUCUGCUUAAUGGGUGUAACCUCACUGAGAAAUGCUGUGAAGCCUUGGCCUCAGCUUUCAACUCAACCUCCUCAAACCUAAGAGAGCUGGACCUGAGUGACAACAACCUGCAGGAUUCAGGAGUGAAGCUGCUCUCUGCUGGACUGGAGAAUCCACACUGUAAACUGGAGACACUGAGGCUUAAUGGGUGUAACCUCACUGAGAAAUGCUGUGAAGCCUUGGCCUCAGCUUUCAACUCAACCUCCUCAAACCUAAGAGAGCUGGACCUGAGUGACAACAACCUGCAGGAUUCAGGAGUGAAGCUGCUCUCUGCUGGACUGGAGAAUCCACACUGUAAACUGGAGACACUGAGGUUGUCACGCUGUCUGAUCACAAAGAAAGGCUGUGCUUCUCUGGCCUCAGCUCUGAGGUCCAACCCCUCCUACCUGAGAGAGCUGGACCUGAGCUACAAUAUCCCAGGAGACUCCGGAGUGAAGCAGCUCUCUGCUGGACUGGAGGAUCCACACUGGAGACUGGAGAAACUCAAUGUUGACCCCUGUGGAGAGUACUGGCUGCUGAAAAAAUAUGCCUGUGAUGUCACACUGGACCCGAACACAGCACACAGAAACCUCUCUCUGUCAGAGGGGAACAGGAAGGUGACGUGGGGGAAAGAGGAGUGGCUGUAUCCUGAUCACCCAGAGAGAUUUGAGGACUGGCCACAGGUGCUGUGUAGAGAGGGUCUGACUGGGCGCUGUUACUGGGAGGCAGAGAUGAGUGGGGGAGGGGAUGACAUAGGAAUGACGUACAGAGGAAUCAGCAGGACAGGAAACACUGAUGACAGUAAGCUUGGAUGCAAUGACAAGUCCUGGAGUCUGAGCUGCUCUGAUUACGGUUACGCUGCCAGGCACAAUAAGGAGAGAACGGACAUACCUGCCUCCUCCUCGUCCAACAGAGUAGGAGUGUAUCUGGACUGGCCGGCCGGCACUCUGUCCUUCUACACUCUGUCCUCCUCUGACACACUGACCCACCUGCACACAUUCACCUCCACAUUCACUGAGCCCCUCUAUCCAGGGUUUUGGGUUGAAAUAAACUCCUCAUUGUCCCUGUGUGAGGUAAAAACCUUUAGUUAG